AGGAGUGUUGGACCCGUCAAAAUUUAUCGUACGCGGUUCGCCUGCCUCUCUCUUCGUCGGUUGCUCGCCGCAAAGCCUAAAUUUCGCCGGAAGAUCAAUCCUCCGCCGCCUCUGAUCAGGCCUGCAACAAAACAGAAAAAGAAAGGAUUGGAGUUAUCUCAUGAGGCCGUCAAGAAAUCUGAUCCAUAUCGUCUCCUCAUGGGUCCGGCGACAGCCGCCGAAGGCGAAGGCCUUUUUGGCCGUCGUGCUUGGUAUGGUGGCUCUGGCCGUUCUUCGGUCCGUUGUUCACGAUCAUGAUAAUCUAUUUGUCGCUGCCGAGGCAGUGCACUCCAUUGGAAUUUCGGUUCUUAUUUAUAAGCUGAUGAAGGAGAGGACUUGUGCUGGAAUAUCACUCAAGUCUCAAGAAUUAACCGCUAUUUUCUUGGCUGCGAGGUUGUAUUGUAGUUUUGUUAUGGAGUAUGAUAUACACACCAUAUUAGAUUUAGCAACACUGGCCACGACCCUCUGGGUGAUCUAUAUGAUCCGCUUCAAACUUAAGUCGAGCUACAUGGCGGAUAAAGACAACUUUGCAUUAUAUUAUGUGCUAGUACCCUGUGCUAUCCUGGCUUUACUUGUUCAUCCAUCAACUUCUCAUCACUUUGUUAACAGAGUUUUCUGGGCAUUUUGUGUGUAUCUGGAAGCCGUUUCGGUGCUACCCCAGUUGCGAGUGAUGCAGAACACUAAGAUUGUUGAACCAUUUACUGCGCAUUAUGUAUUUGCAUUGGGUAUUGCAAGAUUCCUUAGCUGCGCUCAUUGGGUUCUCCAGGUCUUGGAUAGUCGUGGACAUCUUCUAGUAGCUCUCGGAUAUGGUUUGUGGCCAUCUAUGGUUCUGAUCUCAGAAGUUGUACAAACUUUCAUCCUAGCCGACUUCUGUUACUAUUAUGUGAAGAGUGUUUUGGGCGGACAGCUCGUCCUCCGACUCCCUUCUGGAGUGGUGUGAUGAACCAUUGUUGUGUCAUGUGCUUUUGUCCAUAGCCAGGCCAAGUUCUUUUCUUGACAUGUUUGCGGGUAUGUGGUUGACAUUGUUAUUAUAACCUGAAAUCACCUUGGCUGCAUGUAAAUUUAAACAUUCAAGAAGAUUGAUGAUUUAUCAAAUUUCACUACUUAUACUAUAUCUUUCAUACACU